AUGAAGUCUUUGUCGGCGCCGUGUAGACGAGGGAGUGUGCAGGACACGGCAGCGUUGACUCAACAGUGUGGCGUCUUCCACACCAACUGCAUCGUCUACCUCGACCGCACUAACGUACUCCAGUUGGUGCUGGCACAACAUGAAGUCGACAUCACCGAGGACCAGGCGCCUUCCAGUCCUUCCCCUGCACUCACAAUCAAUCGGCCCAACAUCGUCUGUCCGAAGGUGGCCGAGAGGUCCAACCUUUCAGCAGAGCCCACGCCAGAGGAGCCUUCUAACUGGCUGGUGAUAAGAAAGGUGGUUUGUUAUACUGCCAAGAGCCAGAUGGGUUACAAUGGCACUCAAAGCCUCAUUCACCUCCUUGUUGGUGAGGGUCUGGCUUAA